GAGGACUGGGCUAAGGACCAAUUAAGAAAUCUGGACAUCCAUAAAUCCAUAGGUCCUGAUGGGAUGCACCCGCAGGUGCUGAAGGAGCUGGCAGAAGUAUUUGCUAUGCCACUCUCCAUUAUCUUUGAUUCUCAGCCCAAAUGAUGCUGCAUGCAAUUAACAUGGAUUAAAAAGAAGAUGAAAAAUGAAAACAUCAUGUUCUAAGUGAGCCAAACUUGGAACUAAAUUUUCAGUUCCUACAAAUCUGUGACCCGAAGCAUUUAAUAUGACACAUGUCACAUAUGUUCCUGUUGUGCUGAUGCUAAGCUUUUUCCAACUUAAGACACUGUUUUCCGCUGGUUUGGCAAGAAGACAACCGGAUGUACUGGAUGACCUUCGGCUACAUAAUGAUCUGCAGGUUACCAAGAAAGAGUCUCAAGUUAUUCUGUACUGGAACAACAACCUGACAAAAGAAGAGACAGAGAAGUACAGUGUGAAGUAUAUUCUGAGUUACACAUUCUUUGAUACAUCUCAGGAAAGGAAAGAAAGACUAGAGGAAAAGAAAAAAAAAAUACGUCUUGAGCUACAUACUGGUUUUAAAGCUAAAGUUAAAACACAAGUUUUUAUGAAAGAAACAGAAGACCUAAUUAAGGAGAGCGGCUGGACAGAAUGUACAUACAGGUCUCCUCCAGUAUAUAUUCAGAAUCUUUCAUGCGUCAUAUAUAAUAUUUCUUUUUUCAAUUGCUCCUGGCAUAUUAAAGCAGAAGAUCCUGCAGAUGUCCAGUAUUUCUUUUCAUACAGACACACAGAAAAAGAUUUUGAAUGCCAGCAAUAUAUAAAAAAUGCAAGGAAUAAAAAUAUUGGGUGCCACAUGAAAGAUAUAUCUUUCCAACCACCAAGGAAAAUAUUUUUAAACAUAUCUGUAGUAGAUCUGAGAAAUAAUUCAAGAAGAGUGUCUUAUUAUAAAGGUUUUAUACCUCAGAAAAUAGAGAAACUGAACCCACCGAUCAACGUCUCUGUUUCCCUUGAAAACAGAAGUAUUAAAAUUCACUGGAAACCCCCGCCUACCAUUGGUUCAGGAGAAAAAAAGUGCUUUAAAUAUCAAGUGAAAAUAACAGACAGUAAGAUUGUAGAUGUCACUGAAGAGAAAUACGAGUAUCCACUUCUUAGGCCAGCAAAAAAAUGUACCGCACAAGUGAGGGCCAAGAAAGAGGUAUGCAUAACAAACAAGAUUUGGAGUGAUUGGAGUGAACCGGUGAUUAUUUAUGAUGAAAAAACUGUGGACAGCAUACUGCUAAGCCUCACAUUGUUCAGCCUUCUGUUUUUCCUUGGAAGUUUGCUGAUAUAUGUGUGUAGAAGGUAUAGAUUCCUGGAAUUUAUAACCAUGCCCUUCCCAGGUCCUACAGAUAAAGUUACAAUUUGGUUAGCAACAGAUGAGACUCACCACCAGAAACAAAACUCAGUGCAAGUGGAGAUGCCAUCAGAGGUCAUACUAAGAAUAUCAGAAGAUAAUGGAGAUGAGGACAUUCAAUGACAUACACAUUUGAAAGAAUCUGAAGACCUGUAGGAGUUUUAUGCUUUUUUUUUUUUAUUUUUGAUCUCCACGUAAGAGCUAACUUUCUGUUAACUGGAUUCUCGCUGAUCCAAGAAAGGCCGUUACUGGAGUUUGUCUGAUCCAAAUGGUUUGAAAUGUUUUGAGUUCUGACAUUGCACAACUCUUAAAAUUCGCUUUGGAUCAAAGAGGUACAGUAUACUGCAGUCUUUCUCUAAGUACUACUGAUUUUCAGCCCAGUAAAAGCACAGCAGGCCAGACAAUAUGACUGAAUAAUUGAAUCCACUUGGGUCAAGUUGGAGCUAGAUUUAGUGCUGCAUUAGCUUCCAAAUACUGUCCAGUAGAUCAGUAUCUUUAAGACUGGCUCUUUACACAAGUAUCAGAGUACCUAUUCAAUAUCUGAUUAAAGAAAUAAGAAGUGAUGGAAGAAACAAACAUUUCUGGAAACUGCAGCAGAAGCUCAUAAUGGUUCUCUAGAACUUCAAAAAAUUCCAUACAUUGUUUAAGUAGAUAUAAACUAGAACAAGUUAUAUGUGAAAACAAAGUCUUUUAAUAUGAUAGACCUAUCCUUUUGCAUGUAGCGAAGGGAGAAAACCUUAAACAAGGUAAAAAAGACGAUGUUUUUAACCUUUUGUAAUCGUUUAAGUAAGUAUAACUCAGAGAAGGUAUAGCUUUGAACUGAACAACUGCUGUUACUUAGUUUUCCCUAUCUUUGUGAAGAAAUUUUCCUCUCAAUUUCCAUGAAGUAGCAAUCCAUACAAGUUCAUACAUAAAAGUUCAUUCAUAGGGUAGAAAAGAUGACCCAGGAAACUACUGUCCUGUUAGCCUCAUCUAUGUGCCAGGAAAGAUCAUGGAACAGAUCUUAGAACCUAGGCUAAGGCACAUGGAAGAGAGGGAGGUGAUAUGGGGACAACCAACAUGGCUUCAUCAAGGGCAAGUCCUGCCUGAAUGAACUAGUUACCUUCUAUGUCGGUGUAUCUGCAUUGGUGGACAAGGAAAAAGCCACUGAUGUCAUCUAUCUGCACUUCAGUAAGGCCUUGGACAUGGUCAGCCAUAACAUCCUUCUCUCCAAACUGGAAAGAUGUGGAUUUGAUGGGUAGACUGUUUGAUGGACAAAAAUCUGGUUGCAAGACUGUACUCAGAGAGUGAUGGUCAAUGGCUCAGUGUAUGGAUGGCAACUGGUGACAAGUGGUGUCCCUCAGAGGUCAGUACUGGGACCAAUAUCUUUAUCAACAACAUUGACAGUGGGAUCAAGUGCAUCCUCAGCAAGUUUACAGUUGACAAGAAGCUGUGUGGAGAAGUCUACAUGCGUCAGAGAUGGGAUGCCAGCCAAAAACCUAGACAGACUUGAGCAGUGGGCCAAGGUGCAUUUCAUAAGUUUCAGUAAAUUUAAGUGCAAAGUCUUGCACCUGCAUCAUGGCAACCCCUGCUCUCAAUACAAGCAGGGAGAUGUAAGGCUGGAGCACAGCCCUGCUGAAAAGAACGUGGUGCUGCUGGUGGAUGGCAAGCUGGACACAAACCAGUAAUGUGCCAUCUGUAUCCUGGGCUGCAUCAGAAGAAGUGUGGCCAGCAGAUCGAUGGAGGUGACCCUGCCCCUCUGCUCUCUGGUGAGGCCUCACCUAGAGUACAGUGUUCAAAUAUGGAGUCCUCUGCACAGGAGAGAUGUGGACCUGUUAGAGCACGUCCAGAGGAGGGCCACAGAAAUGAUCCAAGGGAUGGAACACCUCCACUACAAGGACAGACUGAGAGAGCUGGGGCUGUUCAGCCUGGAGAAAGGAAGGCUCCGGGGAGACCUUUCAGUAUCUAAAGGGGAGCUGUGAGAAAGAAGAGGAUAGACCCUUGAGCAAGGUCUGUUGUGAUAAGACAAGAAGAAAUGGCUUCAAACUAAAGGAGGGGAGAUUUAGAUUGGAUUCUUCCUAUGGAAGAAAUUUUUAUGACAAGGAUAGUGAGGCACUGGAACGUGCUGCCCAGAGAUGUGGAUGCCCUGUCCUUGGAGAUGUUCACCUUACCUAUGAACAUUAGUGCUCUCCUCCCUCUACAUCUUAGACAAAUAACUGUGGAAAUCAGCAGGGAGAAGAUGAGUGGUAGAUUUGAGGUACUGAACCAGAUUUCAGCAAUGACUACUCCUAUAAUGACAACUCCUCCUCUUCCUGGAGUGCAAAGAGAAAAACAGCAAUCAGUGUAUUUCUUUCUCUCCUGGAAAUUGGACAUCUUCUCUCUGAGUAGUCAAGGCAUUUUAUCUCAUCAGCUGUCUAGACCUGAUUUCAGAAAAAAGGUGGGAAGUUUUACUACUUCAGGUAGAAGUUAUUUCAGGAGUCAUUUAGAAAACAACUGUCAUGAACUUACAGAUUCCUUUAUUGAUGACGAUAUAGAACUGGUACAAGGAAAGAAUCAGAACAUAUGUUCACUGAGUGGGGUGGAGAAGUACCACAUAUUUACCAAACACAUCUGGAAUCCAGACUUCCUAUAGUGAAAUCAGGGCAUAGUGAAUAUUAUGUUGUUCCUUAAAAUAUAUUUUAUAUACAAAUAUUUUAUAUAGUUUUAAUUUGUGAUGCUUGAAGCCAGCAGUCAGUGCCAGGAUUUAAAUUAAGAUAGAGAACCUCUAGAUUAAAGUCAUUUUGCCUGAAAAUAGAAUACUCCUUUAAAAUCAAAACUACUGUGCUUCAAGAGGCCUCAGUUUUGGUCAAACCACAUAGUUCACUCUCAUACACGUGGCAAAGCAGAUUUGCACAAUCUGGUGAUGAAUACUAUAGUAUAUACAAAACCUCACUCAGCUGCACUGCUUCUGUGAAUGAAUUGGUUACCUUCAUAAGACAGCAUAUUCUCUAUUUAAGUAGCAUAAUGAGACACCAGAAAGUGCAUUGCGCAUAGAGACUUUCCACUUUCUCUCCACUUUCCAUAUGUGGAAGGAUCUGGAGGAAAAAAAAUACAUUCAUUUAUUUAUUUAUGUAUUUAUUUAUCUAUCUAUUUUGACUUACAAAGCCCUGUGAUAUAUUAUAAGUGGCUAUUUUUAUGCUUUCCACUCCAACCAAGAGCAUAUAGCACACAGAGAUUUAGAGCUAAACAUAUUAUCCUGCAUUUAUGUUUGUUUUUGAACAUCAGUGACUUUGUAGAUAUAUUUUUUUAGCUUCUGGAAGCACAACAGGCUCUUCUGUUUGCUUUGAAAGAAAGAUAAUUGCAAGAGCGAAAGGUGAAUAAACAAAGCAACCUUCAGAUCUGAGACUUUGCAAAAGGACUGGUCAUGUUGUCCACUGCUGCCAUCUACAGCGCACAUAACCAACUUUUAAUGAGAAAUAUUCUUGGUUUUCAAACCAGUUUAACUCAGGGCAGGUCUGCUGAUUUAAUUGCACUGACAUCAAUAAAGUCAUCCUCUCUCUGUACCCUGAAGACUUCAUUUUCAUUAGAGACAGAAUCCAUCUCCCCUAAUCUUAGCUUCCUCAAAUUUAAGCAUUUAAAAGUGUCUAAUCAAACAUUAGGUCUAGGGACGUGGGAUACUCCUCCAGGGAGCACUUCAUUCCAACCUUAAACAGGUGUCCAAGAGUAGGAUGAAUAAUUGCUUUGGAAAUGCCUCUCUUUCUCUUUAGAACCCAAAUGGUCAGACUCAGAAUAGAUGCCUAUGUCAGCAAAAUGUGCAUUUUAUUUUUUAUUUUUUUUUCUCUCUAUCCACGUGAAAGGAGAGGCUUUGGACAAAGCUCGUCUUGGCAGGUACAGAUUUACCUUUGGGAGGUUUUCCAGCACAAUUAAGGAAGUCACAACUUGUAUAUAAGCAUGUUUUGGGACAUCAUUAUUAUGCCAUCAGCAGUAAUUUUUAUCAGAAACAGCUUUGAUCUGUAUGAAAGGCAGACAACAUUUGGCUGCUAAAUUUGGGCCAAAUCAAAGUCCACAUUUUAUUCUUCUCUCUUUCCAGUGGAAAAGUUUGAGGACACAAGUAUCUAACUUACAAAUAACUGUAGCCCAUCAUAAGUUUCACCAAAGUCCAAUGUAUUCAUUAGAUAAAGUGUGCACAGAAUCAUAGAAUCACGAAGGUUGGAAAUGACCUCCAAAAUCAUUCAGUCCAACUGCCCACCUACCACCAAUAUCGCCUCACUAAACCAUGUCCCUCGGUACAGCAUCUAAGCUUUUCUUGAACACUUCCAGGGAUGGUGAUGCAACUACUACCCUCGGCAACCCAUUCCAGCACCUGACUGCUCUUUCUGGGAAGUAUGUGUAUAUGUAUUGUGCGUGUGUGUAUACUUAUGGAAGAAACACAGCAAAGGAAAUGCUAUUGGUUUCAAAAAAGGCAUCAGUUUCAUCUGGAUCAAAAGCAUGGUGCAUAUUGUAAUCUUUGCAUAUGGCCUCUAUUUCUCAAUUCCUACUGUAUACAUUAUCUUGCUGGCAUGUGAAUGGCCAGUGCUAACUAACUGAUACAAUUGGAUAUAUCAGAAGGAACCAGAUGGCAUCUUCAAGAUAAGUAACUCUAAAGAUAAAGAUGACGUUGAGAAGAUAAAAAUGCUUUGGUGCCUGAUGCAGCAUGGGGUUGUACUAAGAGUGGUAUCACUGCAUCUUAUCAGAAUUUAGUCAUGCCAACAUCUUUUUGUUAAUCUCCUCAGAAUAACCCAGGUCAAAAUUCAGUUUCGAGUGCAAAUUGCUUAUAAAACCAAUAUCCAUGCUUCUGGUUCUCCUGACAGCUGGCAGAUGAUCACUAACAAACUCCAACCAUUUGACAAAUAAUUAGAUACUAUGUUUUUGAUAUUUAGUUCAGGAGAUUAAUUAGAGUUUUAUAGACACAGAGAAUCAGUGAACAUCUGUGAGUCUACCAUGCCUUUAUUCUUACUACCAACCUCGAGGUUUCAAAAAGCUUCUAAAAAACACAGUGAUACAUAUCUAGCUACAGUAAAUUCAAAUGACCUAAGCUAAAAAACACAUGUAUAAUACAUAAACAGAUCAAAACUUAGUAGGAAAGAAGAGAUAGAAGUAGAGAGAAAGAAGGAAAGAGUUCAUAUUCUAUGCCAUACAACAAUAUUUUUCAUGUUUUCAGUAGCUCGCAAAGAGUAGUUUGGAUCUAGCAAGCUGUCACUUUAUAUUCAUAUAGAUGGAAAAUAAUUGCAUUUUAAAGCUUAUUUUGACUUUCGGCUGUAUUUUUUUUUUUAACAAUAGGGAAAAUGAGAAAUACAGUGAUUAUGUAUAUAUUCUAUUCUAUUCUAUUCUAUUCUAUUCUAUUCUAUUCUAUUCUAUUCUAUUCUAUUCUAUUCUAUUCUAUUCUAUUCUAUUCUAUUCCAUUCCAUUCCAUUCCAUUCCAUUCCAUUCCAUUCCAUUCCAUUCCAUUCCAUUCCAUUCUGUAAAUAUUCUAGACCAGGCUAGCCAACUGGUAGUUCUUUUAUCCUUGAUUUUAUUCAAGAGUCCACUAUGUGGGGAAAUCUUCUACAUUUUAAGAUAUAUGACUGCUUGCCAGAGGAUGUUGAAAUUGUUGAUGGGUUGAAAAAGAACCUGGACCAAUUGAUGAAAAAAAUAUCUACUAAAAGCCAAAUAGAUACAAAGACAACUCAGUUUUGAGCCCCUCUCUGUAAGAAAGGCAUCAAGGCUCUGGAGCGUGUCCACAGAAGGGCAACAAAGCUGAUGAGGGGCCUGAAGCACAAGUCUUAUAAGAAGCAGCUGAAGGAACUGGAAUUGUUCAGUCUGGAGAAAAGGAGGCUCAGGGGAGACCUUCUUACUCUUGACAACAACUUGAAAGAAGAUAGUGGUGAGGUGGUGGUCAGCCUCUUCUCCCACCUACCUACUGACAGGACAAGAGGGAAUAGCUUUAAGUUGAGCCAGGGGAGAUUCAGAUUGCAUGCUAUGAAAAAUUUCUUCUCUGAAAGAGUGGUGAGGCAUUUGAACAGGCUACCCAGGAAGAUGGUGGAGUCACCAUCCCUAGAGGUGCUCAAGGAAAGUUUAGAUAUGGUUUAGUGGGGUACUGUUAGUAGGUCGGCAUUUGGACUAGAUGAUCUUGGAGGUCUUUUCCAGCCUUGCUCAUUCUAUAAUUCUGUUUAAUGUGGUCCUCUAGUCAUAAGUUGCAAGGUACAGGGACAAUCUGACUUUGCUGAUCACCUGUUACUGCCACUAUUAGAGCCAAAGUAGGCCACUGGACUACAUCAGCCUUUGGACUGAUUCGUUACAACCAUUAUUUAUAGAGCAGCUGGAGAAACUGCUGAGGUAUGUAUUUACCAAGUAAUGUUAUCACAAUUGAUGUUGAAACCAACUGUAUGAACUCUGUGUUCAGAAAAACAGGAAUUCAUGCUAUUCAGCUAACACCUAAACCCCAUAAUGUUCAGAUAAUGAGAGGGAACUUUGAAAACAUUUCAUAAACUCACCCAGUUCAUCUUCACUGUCUUAAUGUGGGGAAAUUUUAUCAAACCUGGACUUCCAGUGAUAGUACGAACAGGAAUUUAUCCACAUACAUAAUUUCAGUAGCUUCUUGAACCAGAGGAUGUUCUUUAUGGAACAAAAUAUUUCAUUUAAAUUAUACUGCAUGGGAAAGCUUUAUCCCUAAUCCAUUCUGGACAUGUAAUAAAAAGAAAUAGUGAUGUAUAUACCAUGGACUGUUCCAACAUCUGGGAACAAUAGAAAGAGGUGGAUACAAGCAAGAUUUUGCUCACUUUCAACAGGCUGAGGAGAAUUUACAGUAACAUAUAUUCAUUAUAUUGUGAAUGAAGUCAGCUUUGAUGCUCUGUAAAGCUGUCCUGCUUGACUGAAGAGUCUGUGAAGUAUGAGGUAUUCAGAGCUAUAUAAAGACUGUAAAUUAUCCUUACAUUUCUCAAUUUAUUUCUUUAUGAAAACCAAUAAAGAAUAAAAAAACAGAACACCUGUUACAUAUGUAGAA